UUCUUAGCAUGAAUAUCAAAAGACCACAGUUUGUUUUCUUAUCCUUAUUAUUGUGUUUAUGCAUACUGCUAAAACGUUAUGCACUGUAGCUUAUAUGAUGAGGCCAUGUUUCUCAAAAGCACUACUGAUAUUACUUCAUUCAUUUCAUUGAACGGUCUUUACCAGUGGAAGAUUUUAAAGCAGCGAAUCAUAUGAAGUAUUAUGAGUAUUUUUAUGAGGUUUUCAACAUUUAAUGGAAAACAUAUAAAUACUGCUAUGCAUAGUUUACUUUUGGCUUUCAUUGUUUUACAAAGCUUUUGUAAGACAUCAGGACAAGGGGAUUGUAUGUUACCUGUUGACUCAGGAAUGUGUUCAGCAGGAGACCCAAUAUUGCGAUUUUAUUACGAUCACAUAAUUGGAAAUUGUUUACCUUUUGCAUAUUAUUGUGAUGGCAAUAGUAACAACUUUGAAACAAUUCAACAGUGCCAACUUGCAUGUACAGGAAGUUCAAUCAAUGCAUGUGAUUGUUCUCCUUGCCAGAAUGAUGGGCUAUGUGUUGACAACCUAGCCGGCGGAUACUGUUGUGUGGUUACAACAGCUUGUACAUCUGCGCCCUGUUUGAAUGGUGGAGCUUGCUCAGUAACAUCUACUGGGUAUUCCUGUAGUUGCCCAUCUGGUUACACUGGAACCCGAUGUGAGACUGUGGUUACAACAGCCUGUGCAUCUGCACCCUGUCUAAAUGGUGGAACUUGCUCUCUAACAUCUUUUGGGUAUUCCUGUACUUGCCCAUCUGGUUACACUGGAACCCACUGUGAGACUAGUGUCUGUUCCUUACCUUUAGCUGCUGGGACGGCUGCGACAUGCCCAGGGGCACAAGUAACUUUGCGUUAUUACUAUGCUGGCAGUACAAGUGGUUGUACUCCAUUUGCUUAUUAUUGUGGUGCAAAUGCCAACAACUUUGAAAGCAGUGCAUUGUGUGAAGCAGCAUGUGGAGGUAAAUAACAAUAAGUAAUUUGA